CUACCAUGUUCAACCAGCAACUCCAGCAGCAACAGUUGCAGCAGCUGCAGCAGCAGCAGCUCCAGCAGCAGCAGUUGCAGCAACAGCAGCAAUUACUGCAGCUCCAACAGCUGCUGCAGCAGUCCCCACCACAGGCCCCCUUGCCCAUGCCUGUCAGCCGGGGCCUCCCCCAGCAGUCAUCCCCGCAACCGCUUCUGAAUCUCCAGGCCGCCCAUACGGCCUCUCUGCUCAAUGGCUCCAUGCUGCAAAGAGCUUUGCUACUGCAGCAGUUGCAAGGACUGGACCAGUUUGCAGUGCCACCAGCCACGUAUGACAGUGCCGGCCUCACCAUGCCCACGGCAGCAUUGGGCAACCUCCGUGCUUACAACAUGGCAGCCCCAAGUCUAGCAGCGCCCAGCCUUACACCCACCCAGAUGGUCACUCCAAAUCUACAACAGUUCUUUCCCCAGGCCACCCGCCAGUCCCUGCUGGGCCCUCCUCCUGUUGGGGUCCCAAUGAACCCUUCUCAGCUCAGCCACUCAGGGAGGAACUCCCAGAAACAGGCAAGAACCCCCACUUCCACCACCCCCAAUCUCAAGGACUCUUCUUCCCAGACAGUUCCUCUGGGAGACAGGGAGGACCCCACAGAGGGGUCUGAAGAAGCACAGGAGCUCCAGAUGGACACACCUGAAGACCAAGAUUUGCUAGUCUGCCCAAAUGGCAUGGCGAAUGAGACCCCAGUGCCUGAGCCUGAGACCUUUGAGGCGUCGGAACCACCAGCCAAGAGGUCAAAAAGCUCAGAGGAGUCCACAGAGAAAGGGCCUACAGGGCAGCCACAAGCAAAAGUCCAGCCCCAGAUCCAGAUGACAGCACCAAAGCAAACACAGACCCCAGAUCAGCUGCCUGAGCCACCAGAAGCCCAAGUCCUAUCACAGUUCCAGCCACAAGUUCUGCAGAUCCAGGCCCAGGUGCAGCCAAGGCUGCAGAAGCAGGCACAGACACAGACCUCUCCAGAGCACUUAGCAUCACAGCAGAGUCAGGUACAGCCACAGGUGCAUCCACAGCCGCAGAAGCAGGCCCAACCACAGACACAGCCACAGGUACCCGCCCAAGCACAGCCACAGGAGCAGCCUUCAGGACAGAUGCAGGAACAGACAUCAGAGAAGACCCAGGACCAGCCUCAGACCUGGCCACAGGGGUCAGCUCCCCCACCAGAGCAAGCGUCAGUUCUGGCCUGUGCCACAGAACCGCAACCGUCACCUGGUGCUGCAGAAGCUGGGGGAGAACCAGAGGAGGUCUUGCCAGAGCCAGCAGGUGCCCAAAGCAAUGAAGACAAGAGCCAGGAGGCAUCCACUGAUGGCCUGGACGUGGGAGAGUGUGAAAAGAGAGCAAGAGAGAUGCUUGGGACAUGGGGGGCCGGGGGCUCCCUGAAGGUCACCAUCCUGCAGAGCAGCGACAGCCGGGCUUUCAACACCACACCCCUCACGUCUGGUCCUCGCCCUGGGGACUCCACCUCUGCUGCCGCUGCCCUCGCCAGCACACACUCCAAGCAGACCCUUCAGUUGUUCUGCUACAUCUGCAAGGCCGGCUGCAGCAGCCAGCAGGAGUUUCAGGACCACAUGUCAGACGCUCAGCACCAACAGCGGCUUGGGGAAAUGCAGCACUCGAGCCAGACCUGCCUGCUGUCCCUGCUGCCCAUGCCUCGAGACAUCCUGGAGAGAGAGACAGAAGAGCCUCCUCCAAAACGCUGGUGCAACACCUGCCAGGUGUACUACAUGGGAGACCUGAUCCAGCACCGCAGGACACAGGAACACAAGAUCGCCAAACAAUCCCUGAGACCCUUCUGCACCAUAUGCAACCGUUAUUUCAAGACCCCUCGAAAGUUUGUGGAGCAUAUGAAGUCCCAGGGACACAAAGAGAAACAACCAGCCCAGAGGAGUACCACUUCAUCACAGUGGAUGCUGUUGUUUGUUUUGAGAGUGAUCAAGAAGAAGAUGAAGAGGAUGAGGAAGAGGAAGAGAUUGAGGCUGAGGAGGAAUUCUGCAAGCAGGUGAGAUCAAGAGAUACAUCUUUAGAGGAAUGGAAGGGCCCAGAGACUUACAGCCCCAACACGGCAUAUGGUGUGGACUUCCUGGUGCCCGUGAUGGGCUAUGUCUGCCGUGUCUGUCACAAGUUCUAUGACAGUAACUCAGGAUUACGGCUCUCUCACUGCAAGUCCCUGGCCCACUUUGAGAACCUGCAGAAAUACAAAGCAGCCAAGAACCCCAGCCCUGCCACCAGGCCCAUGAGCCGCAGGUGUGCGAUCAACGCCCGAAAUGCUUUGACUGCGCUGUUCACCUCUAGCAGCGGCACUGGCCACCCACUCAGCCAGCCCAGUACCCAGGACACAGCGAAAAUACCGAGCAAGGUGAAGCCUGGAUUCCCCAGCCCCCCUCUUCCCCUUCGGCGCUCAACUCGCCUCAAAACCUGAUAGAGGGCGCUGUGGCCACCUAGCCUGACUGGGUCCCAAUCUGUUGAUGCUUCCUAGGUGUCUCUGUGGAAAAGUUCACAUGGUUGGUGUUUUUACCCAAAAUUCAAUAAAGUGUUGUCUGGCUUUGCAGUCCCCACCA